AUGGAGGACAGGACGAGCCCUUCAGAGCCAGAAAAGGAGGCAAUCCCCAUGGAUACAGAAGACCAGGCCAUGGGCAUGCUCAAAGAUCUGGCUAUCAAAUGGUUUAUGGAGACACAGGCGCCCCUCAUAUUGCAGAAUGGCACUUUACCGGAUUGGUUCCAUGGAUUCAUUACAAGAAAGCAAGCUGAAGAACUUCUUCGAGACAAACCUGUUGGCUGCUUUCUCAUCAGGCUAAGCGACAGAGCCAUGGGCUACAUUCUUUCCUACAGGGGGUUUAACCGUUGCCGCCACUUUGUGAUCAAUCAACUUCAGAACCGGAGGUACAUCAUCUCUGGGGACACCUGCAACCAUGCCACACUCACCGCCCUCAUUGGCUACUACCAGGGAGCAAAGAUAGAGCCCUUUGGGGAGACCCUCACCACUGCCUGUCCUCGGCCUGAGGAGGACAGCUUAUAUGACGCCAUCUCCCUGAACCUCAUGCUGGUCACCCCACCCCAGUCAACCAGUCCCUCCAAGGAGAAACAAAAAUCGGAGGACUCAGAAUACCUGAGAUCUGCUAAAGACAGGGACCCCAAAGUCAGCCCCACUCCAAAGCCCAAGAUUUCCUUUGUCCACUCCAAGAAAUCCCUGGAAGAAUGUCCUUGGAAGCUCUCAGAAGAGGACAACGAUCUCCUAGAGGAAGCGCCUCCUCUGCCAGAGAGAAGUUCUUCCCUCCUCAUGGAAUCUUUCAGUGGCCGACGCUCAGGAAACAUCGUAUAUGCAGAGUUGAAGAAAAUAAACCACAUCCAGCAGAGCCUCAGCAUGGAGGCCUCAGACCUUCCCCAUCAGACCCCUUCCCCUGGCAGAGAGCACCCAAAACCCAGGGACGCCCCCCUCCUCGCUCCUCCAGAAGCCACCAAGAUGCUAGGGAUAAAACCAGGUGCCAACAAGAGGUCUCCCGCCAUCCCCCAUCGCCCUGUGUUGGAGCACAGCUCCCCUGUGCCCAUCUCACCCUCUUCGGGAGAUCGGGGAUCCACGGCAGGCUCCCCACAUCAUCAGGCUUCUCCCAAGCCUCAGGGCUCCCCUGAAUCCCUAGGGAGCAGCCAGGGAUCUGCCAUCCACACUGAUCCUCAGCCGUUCGAAGGCUCAGAGCCCAAUAAGUCCAGGGACUCCAGACCUCCGGCCACCUAUGAACUCAUGCCAAAGGUGAAGAGCUAUUCUUUGGAAGAUCAGGCCCAGCACUCAGCUAGCCAUGACUAUGAGCAUGUCCCUGCGAGGUUGUCCAAGCCAGCCUUUCUCCCACUCACACCCGCCUACAAUCAUCAGAAGGGCCCUGGAGGCAGGAUGGAUGAUUCUUAUGAAAGGAUUCCAGGAAGCCCGGCAGUGCCCUCACCUUCCUUACCAACCAACCCCUAUGAGCAGAUCCCUAUCUUAAAGGUCUCAGAGACCAAACAGUCCCAUAAGGUUGAAAAACAUCGAAGGUUCUUCUUCACAGACCGGAAGAACAAGCAGUGA